AUGGGCUUCGAUGGAACUAGCGUUAAUUCGGAAAUCCGCUCGCUGAUAGAGGACUAUCAUCUGGGUUCUGUCAUACUCACCGCUAAGAACUUGAAAUCGGCGGAAGAAACCACUAAACUUGUCUAUGAACUACAAACCAUCGCCCGGGAUGCUGGCCAUCCGGUCCCGUUACUGAUUUGCCUCGAUCAGGAAAAUGGCGGCGUUAACACUUUAUUCGACGAGAUUUACAUACGGCAGUUCCCCAGCGCCAUGGGGAUGGCUGCGACAGGCUCGAAAUCUCUAGCAAGAGAAGUCUGCAAGGCCACUGCCCAAGAGCUCAGCGCCGUUGGUAUCAACUGGAUCCUUGGUCCCGUGCUUGAUGCGUUGACGAAUGCCAGAAACCAGCCCCUAGGCGUUCGAAGCGUAGGAGAUGACCCGCAAGAGGUGUCCGCGUACGGCAUUGAGUUCAUGAAAGGCUAUCAAGAGGCAGGCUUGGUGACUUGCGGGAAGCAUUUCCCCUCAUAUGGUAAUCUCGAUUAUAUGGGUUCCCAGUCUGAUGUUCCCAUCAUCACGGAUACUAUUGAGCAACUAAGUGUGAGCGCACUGGUUCCUUAUCGGAAUGCGAUAACGCAUGGCAUAGAUUCAAUGAUGGUAGGAGGAUGUUCCAUGGCAUCAGCUGGAAUGACUGUCAUGCAUGCUUGUUUGUCAGAACAGGUUGUUGACGAACUCCUGCGGAAGGACCUAAAAUUCGACGGUGUGGUCGUUUCGGAAUGCCUUGAGAUGGAAGCACUCAGCUACAAUAUAGGCGUUGGCGGUGGAACGGUUAUGGCCAUGAAGGCCGGUUGCGACCUGAUCCUGUUGUGUCGAUCCUUCUCUGUACAACAGGAGGCUAUCAAUGGAUUGAAGCUAGGAGUAGAAAAUGGCAUCAUUAGCAAAAGCCGCAUACGUGAGUCACUACGAAGAGUGCUGGACAUGAAGUCGCGAUGCACUUCGUGGGAAAAAGCUUUGAAUCCACCAGGAAUCAGCCUUUUAUCGAAAAUGCAGCCGUCCCACACUAGCCUAUCCACUCGAGCGUAUAGCAGCUCGCUCACCGUUGUUAGAGACAAGCACAAUAACAUCCCGUUAUCCAGCGUUCUCGAACCGGAUGAGGAACUUCUGCUCCUCACACCAUUGAUAAAGCCGUUACCAGCAUCUGCAAUGCUACUAUCGAUGACCACCGAAGCAAGUCGGGCAGGCCUAUCAGCGGAUGCCGCAUCAUGGGAGCGUAGUGCUUCUGUCAUGAGCGGUGAAAGUGUUUUCAAGGAGUUUGGGCGAUCGUUAGCUCGGCAGAGGAACGGGCGUGUUUUACACACCUCCUACACUGCCAAUGGCGUCCGACCAGUCCAUGAAAAUUUAAUCGAUCGCGCAAGCGCUGUCAUAAUUGUAACGGCCGACGCCAACAGAAACUUGUACCAGAAUGGAUUCACGAAACACGUAUCGCUAAUGUGCAAUUCUCAAUUUUCUUCCAACGGCGAGCGCCGCGCGAAACCCGUAAUCGUUGUAGCUGUCAGCUCGCCUUACGAUUUCGCCACAGAUCCAUCAAUUGGGACUCGCAACCAGAGACUCCAACAGUCGAGGCAACAUUGGCUAGUGGAGAACUGGAAUGAGGAUCGGGAUGCACAUGCCUUAGAUACUCUCGUAGAUAUUGUUCGAGAAGAUGGUACCCAGUGCCAAAGAUCCGAACUUGCUAGCGUUACCUCCACCACCUUCCUUCUCCGCAACAGCGACGUGGAAGAAUCCCACUUUGUUGUUCGAAAUAGCAGCACACAGGCGCUCUAUGGAUUUUGUUCUACGUAUUACUUCAAAUCCACAGGGACGGGCGUGAUCGGUGCACUCAUUGUCGACCCUUCCCGCCGACGAAUGUCCAUCGGCCAUUCCCUCCAUAACCGCGCAAUUCGGACACUGAUUCAACGGCCAGGCAUCCGUAGCUUCCAGCUCGGCUCACGUUUACCAGGCAUAUAUCAUGGAAUCCCUACAGGAAACCCCACCGAGCGCAAAAGGCUUCGGCAGUGGUUUGCCAAUCUGGGGUGGAACACUGCCCUCUCCCGUUCUGUAUGCAGCAUGAUGUUACGAAAUCUCGAAGACUGGUCACCGCCGGAAGGAUUGACGAAAGUUCUACAGAGCUCGGAAGUCGACUACGAUCUCGUUUAUGGGUGGGAGUUUGCGGAUUCUGUCCUUGAUCAUGUGAAAACUACUUCGCGUGUUGGGGUCAUGGAGAUCUACAAAAGGGGGCUUGGCGGUGCUCCGGGUAGCGGGAUUAUUCGCGCUAAACGCCGGGAAGAUGGGACAAUACUGGGUAGUGUCGUUGUGUAUAAUUCCACGUCCGCGCUUGCGGAAUCCAUGCCGGCGCUUAAGGAUACUCGCACAAUUGCGGGAGGGAUUUCUUGUCCUGUGAUCUCUCCUUCUGUCGGGGAGUAUGCAACACUGGUACAGGGAUUGAUCUUGUUGGGAAUCAAGCAGAUUCGCAAGCAAGGGGCUAGGGCGGCUAUACUGGAUUGUGUCGACGCUGAUGGGAACUACGAUAGUCUCUCUGCCAUGGGAUUUUCCGUCCUGCAUAGUUUCGAGGAAGUCACCUGCGAUGCUUCCACCUGGAGUAUGAUGGCUGCCUCAUGA